GUGUGGGCGAAAUGGGGCGAGCAGCGAGAAGCCAGCAAAGCGAGUGCCAGGCCACGAUGUUCAGUGCUUGGCUGUUAUUCAAUAAGACAGCACCCAUCAGAAUUUUCAAUUUUACAUGGAUUCACACGUUUCAUUCGUCUCAUUAAAAAAAAAAAUCUACCUACAAAUUCAUCGAAAAAAAAAUCUCUAGUUAAAUAUUUUCAUUGUUAAAAAUUUCAUCACUAAAUCAUCAUCAUCAUUUUCAAUGAAAACAGCUGUCAACAUUCAGCGCUCAUUAAUAGUUUGUAACAGCUCCGAGUUGACUGACCCGGUACAAGAAAUCGCUUUGAGUCUUAUCCAAACACCAGAAGUUUCAUAAAAAAAAAAAAAAACACGAAAGAAAGUAAAAAGAAAGAAGAAAAAGUUUUUGUUUUGUGAUGCUGUUUGAAUAUUAUCAAGGAUUAGUGCUACUAUAGUGUUAAGAGAAAAGAAGAAAUGCGUCAGACUGCAUGGAUUCAUCAAUGACAAAGAAUGUGUAUUUUAAUCUUUUUUUUUUUUUAUAUAAAUCCUUGAUCUGAUUAUAAUAGAAGUGUGUGAGUGCAAAGUCAUUUUUUACGAAUAAAUGUGAGUGUUAUGAAUUGAGAAGAAAAAUUUUUUAAAUAUUUUUGUGUGGAAUUAUUUUGGAGCCUGUUUUGCACCCGUGAUUUUCCGUCUGCGUGGAAAAAAAAGAGAGAAAGAGUCUCGAGAGAGGUCACAAUGCCAAAGACGAGGAUCAACGACCAGAAGAGCUACACACGAAGCGCAAGAAAAAAAUUAUCUCCGAGUUUCUAUUUCUGAUAUUCGACACUUAAUAUAAAAAUUUGUAUAUAUAUUUUUUGAAAGGAAAUAAAAACAAAGCUUUUAAAAACCGGAAAGACAUUUUAGAAGAGUAGACAGAUGUGUGAUUCAUUCAGGAUCGUAUAAUCAACAGAUUACAAAACGUGUGUGCCAUUAUUUCAAUAAAGAAUAAUAGAAGAAAUGAUAUAAAAUAAAAAAAAAUCAUGAUGGAAGUGAAACCGGUACCAAAACCAAGAUCAAUUCAUUUGUCAUCAUCGAUUCCAAUUCCAGCGCCAAGAACAUUACAAGUUGCUGUUAAUAAUUGUACGAGAUCAACAAGUCCAAGUGAAUCGAGUCAAUCGGAAAAAAGUGACGACACAAAAUCUCAAACGGAGACAAAAAGUUCGAAUUCAGAAUUUUUUAAAAAUUUAAAAGAUGAAAUCUCAGAAAAAAUGACAGUAAAAGGACGCGCUGUUAUUUCAAGUACACGAAAUGCAAGUAUUCGUCUUGAAAAAUCGGUGAAAAAUUUAAUAACACGUCGUCUUGCAUCACUAAAUCAAGAUGAUUUACAAGAUAUUGAGAGCAAGGUGAAAAGUCCAAUUGAAGAUGAUCGUUGUACAUCACUUCCGGCGAAUGAUAUUUUUAGUAGUAUUUCCUUUUAUAGUCCAUUGAAGACAAAUUUAAAGAGUAUAAAAAAUGAAGAAGAUCUCACUGGUGCAAGAUAUAGUCCACCGCCUCCUGUUUAUCCACCACCACCACUUCCAGAUGAAUCAAUUUACGAUGAAUUACAAUCAGUUACAUCGGGAAAUAGUGGUAGUCGAUAUGAUACACUGAGUUCAACAUUUUCCGAAAGAGAACGUGAUUUUUCCGAGCCAUUUAAUUUAUUGAAAUUUGCCCAAAAUCAUGCAAGUGAUUCUGAUCAGAGUCUAAAUAUAUCUGAUAGUCAAGAAGUGGCUAAAAAAUUAUCAAGAUCAGAUUCAUGGACAUUUUAUGAUGCUGCACAGGGAAAAUCUGAUAAGACUGAAGGUAAUGAUGAAUUGGACAGAAUAUCUAGUGCCGAUGAAGAUGACAAGGAACCGCCAAUUAGAAAGAGAAUUUCUUCAAAUUCGAAUAUUAGUCAUGUGUCGAUGCAAAAUUCAUUAUACGAAAAUUGGGUGUUGAAGAAAAAUUCAAACGAUGAGAAUACGUUGAAGAAUGAAGAUAAUUCACCAUCAGGUGCAAGAAGAGAGCAAUCAAAAUCGGUUCUAUAUGAAUUCGAUCCAUUCGCAAAGAAUGAGAAUAAUGUUUACAGUAAUUAUGAAAAUAAUGAUCUUCUGUUGUUGAAGGCAUUUUUGGAGAACAAUGAAUCGGCGAGCAGUGGAGGAAGUGCGAAUGAUAUAAGAGAAGAAGAAGAAGAAGAAGACGAUAUUCAAAUAGAGGAGGAGGUUAAAAAUGAAAUUUUAACAAUUCCACCAACGCCACCAAGACGAUUUGAUUCAUUACCAAAAAAUGAAUACGACGAAGUUGAAAUGGUUGAAGUACCUGAGAAAUUAACGAAAAAAAGUCCUGCACUAUUACCAAAAUUGGCACAUCUUGCAUCGAGAAAACAACCAGCUGUACCGCCAAGAAAAUCGGCAAUUAAAAACAAUAAUAAUUUAUCGACUAAUAAAUCACUUUCUGAUACUGUUGAGGAGACAAUUUUCAAUAAAUCAUUAGCAAGUGGUGCAAUUGUAAAAAAUAUCGAGGAAAAACGUACAAGUGUUAUGCAAAGGCUAAUGAAACCGAAUAAUAUGAUAAAUUUUGUGAAAAAUGGCAGUAAAUUAUUGUCAAGAAAUAAAGAAUUAGUUGAAGUUAGUGUGAAAAGGGUUAAUUCGAAAAAAUUGGAAAGACCAAUAACAUCAUUGGGAAAUCAAAAUCCACCGAGUCAUAGGGGUGUAAUUUAUAGAUCUGGUGUUGGUAUUGAAAGAGCAAAAGAUUUAGUUUCAAGAGCCGCAGUUUUAAUUGAUCAAAAACUAUCGUUUUACAGUGAUAAAAGUAUGUCAACAUUGAAGGAAGUCAUUAGUCUCGAAAAAAUUCACAGUAUUCAUCUGUUACAGGAUGUCAAAGUAGUCGAUGGCGAAAAUGUUCACUGCAUCGCAAUUCAUUGUGAAGAACGACCCAGGGUUCAUGUUUUUUAUGCAAAAGGUAUUACGGAAAGAAGAAUAUGGGCACAAAGAAUUUUAGAAGCCAUGACUCCUGUGUUCCCUAUUAAAUAUACCUCAUUGUUGACAAGAGCUGGCUGGGCUUAUUUAAAGGAAGGUGUCACGGGCUCGUGGUUUCCGGCUUGGGUUCUUCUUCAUCAAAGAACAUUGGUCUAUACACGAACAUUAAAUCCUGUUGUUUUGGAAAAAAUUGAUCUCCGAAAAGCUCGUUGUAUAGUAUUAAGAGAGCAAGAUGGUCCGAAACCUGAAGCUGGAAAUAUUCCUGUAGUUGUUGUGGAUGCUGGUGGUUCUGGAGCACUUCAUUUAGUGGCACCUUUAUCAAGUGAGGCUGCUGCAUGGAGACACGCUUUUUAUCAGGCUGCGACAAAUUCUGGUCCUGCUUUAAAUCAACAACAACUUAAUCAAGAUAACGUGCCUGUCAUUCUUGAUAAAUGUAUCAACUUCAUCUAUGCUCAUGGAAUAAUGACAGAGGGCAUUUAUCGUCGAAGUGGCUCAAGUAGCGCAGUUGUCAAAUUAUUGGAAGCUUUCAGAAGAGACGCUUGGGCUACACAAAUUACAAAAGAUUUCUAUUCAGAGCACGAUGUUGCAACUGUUUUGAGAAGAUUUCUCCGCGACUUGCCAGAUCCAUUAUUUCCAUCAAAAAUUCACGAUCAACUUUGCAGCACAAUUGAUUUAACCAAUGAUGAGGAGAAAGUGACGACCUAUCGAAAUCUUCUCACAAAUUUGGAUACCGUUACAACAGCGACACUUCAUAGAAUUCUUGAGCAUCUACAUUGUUUGACGCGAAAGAGUUCAAAAAAUUUAAUGACCGUUGAUAAUAUAUCGGCAAUAUGGGGACCAACAUUAAUGCACGCCGGUGGAAAUAGCGCCGAGGAUUGGAAUCGUUCAGAGACAAAAGUUGUUGCCGAUUUAAUUCGAUUGUAUCCAAAAUUAUAUAAAUUAUCUGCCGCUGAUCUUGCGAGAGAGGCAAAAAUAUUGGAAGUACUUGAACGUCAUCAUAUUUCGAAUAAUGGUUUACGCGGUGCUCCAUCCGGUGAUUUGAAGAUAUGGAUUUAUCUUUUAUCGAGAGAGGGCGAGUGUGUAAAUGUCACGAUUGGACCACAAAAAACUGCCUUUGAUAUUUGUCGAGAAUUCGGUGAUAAAGUCGGCUGUGCACCACAUGAACUUUGUUUAGAGGAAUACGAUCUCGCAGGUGCUUUGGAGAGACCACUUCAUCACAGUGAAAGAGUUUUGGAAGUUGUUGCCAGGUGGGGAUAUUGGGAUCCCGAGGACAGAAAGGACAAUGUUCUCAUUCUCAGAAAAGAUAGACUUUACAAGGAUAUUGUACCUUUAGUGAAACCUCCCAUGACAAUUUCAGGUGAAUUAAAAUUUGCCGAUACAAAAACGAAAAAUUGGAAAAGUUAUUUAUUUGAAUUUAGUCAGGCAAAACUUUGUUGUUAUAAAGAUAAAGUUUGCUCUAUAAAAUUGCACGAAUGGAAAAUUGAAGACAUCGUUUGGUAUUUGGGCCAUGAGCCAAAAAGAAAUCCACAGAUGGGUUGGUCCAUUACUUUCAUUUUGAAAAAUAAUAAGCCAACAAGAUGUAAGGAAAAUCCAUAUUUUGGAUAUACUUUAGCGGGUGCAUCAAAAGACGAUCAGUAUAGAUGGUUGGCAGCAAUGUUGUUUGGCGAAUAUCAAUGCAACUUGAUUCCAUCUGCUGUUAAUUUAAUGGAUGCUUAAUGUUUAUAAAAAAAAAUUAUAACGAGCCUUUUACUUGCCUUAAAAAGCGUUUUCAAUAUUUACUCAAUUCAAUUGUCUACGAGAGGAUUAAGUAACUGUUUUUAUUAUUAUUAUCAUUACUAUUAUUUUAAGUGUAAUUAAAUUUUAAUUGUAAUCGACUGAGAAACCAAAAAAAAAAAAGAAUUUGGUAAAUAAUUUUUAAUAUUUGCUUAUCCUCGUGGAAAGCAUUUUAUGUUGUUUUCGUUGAAAUUAAAAAUAAUCUCGUUUAUAUUAUAUAUAAAUUUAAAUUUGUUUUGAUUGUUUCGAUAUUUUUAAAAAUAUAUUAAAAUGAAAAAACUA